AUGUCUGCAUCAACGUGCAAAGAGCACCAAACAGGCUCAUGUUGCCUCACAUUGUCACCAAUUUUCUGUCUCUCGCUGUCUUUGCUGGAACUGAAUUUUAUGCUCAUAGAUUCAAGACUGGCAUAUCAUUUGAGCUUGUUGAAACUUGACAGCUCCAAUGACCAGAGCGAAAAAGCCUGUCUUGCACCCAUUUUCACAGGGUUCGUUCUGAGACAGCCCGAACUAGCUCCAUCGCAGUAUGGUCUACUUGGAGGUGUCAAAAAUAUCGAGACGUCCGGUUUUGCAAGUGCGGACAACCGAUUCAUUGAAAAAGAUCCGAGGCUAUUUUUUAACGUUUCCUCGCCAUCCAGCACUUUCAUUUGUGGCUCUCAGGGCUCGGGAAAAAGUCAUACUCUAUCUUGCAUACUAGAAGGAUGCUUAAUCCCUUCUCAAGCGGGUAGACUUUUAAAUCCCCUGACAGCUGUUAUUUUUCACUACGAUACUUUCAUCUGCGACAAUGGCGGUUCGCCCUGUGAGGCCGCAUUCCUCGCAUCCCACUCGAAUAUCAGAGUGAGGGUGCUUUGUGCUCCGACCAACCUUCUCACUAUACAGAGAACCUAUUCGAGAUUCAACAUCAAGGUAGAGCCUUUGCAGAUAGACCAAGCUAAUCUGAGCACUAAGCGUAUGCUGGAUCUUAUGGCAGUCGGCCAAGACUCGGGGCCCGUUCCUCUGUACGUCCAUACAGUUCAGCGGAUCUUGCGGGAAAUGCGCCUUUUACAACAAAUGGCAGGAUCCCAAUUUGACUACAAGGACUUCAAGAAAAGAAUUCUUAGUACUGGUCUUCUUCCAGGUCAGCUCGAACCUUUGAGGCAACGAUUAGAUACGCUUGAGAGUUUCAUGGCUCCGCAGCAGACAGCCCCGAACAACCAAGCACGUGGAAAGAAGGCGAAAUCCCAAGGAGCAGGCUCCAACUGGACACCGAAGUACAUGAAAGAUUCGGUUGAAGCUGGAAACUUUACAGAUAACCUUCUCUCCACUGUUCGGUUACAGCGUCACCUCGGGGCCCGUAUCUUGAUUUCGACCCAAGAACCAACGAUUUCAAGUGACCUUCUCAGUCUGUGCUCGGUCACUAUUGUCCAUAGAUUUUCCUCCCCGGCGUGGAUACGCGCACUACAGGGCCAUGUGGCUGGAGCCGCUUUGGGUUUACAGUUGAAUCAAGAGAAGUCGGCCUCUGAUGAUGACCACCCGGGAAAUGUUGAGAUUUCUAGAAAGUUCUCAUUGUUUCAUAGAAUCGUUCAUCUCCAGGUGGGCGAGGCUUUACUCUUUUCACUGGGUGCCGUUUCUGGCACUGCUUCAGAAGGCUUGCAGGGGCUGAGGAAUCUGGGCUCAGGGUACAUGGUAAUCAAGAUUAGAGACAGACUGACGGAGGAUGGUGGAAAAAGCGUUCUAUCUUCUUGA